CCCCUCGGGGCCAGACGGCUCUGGGUCGCAGCCGGGUCCCCGCCCUGAUCGGAGACUUCCGGCCGAGGCGGGCCCUGGCAUUACCGGCACUUUGGCUGGAGACAUGGCGCUGCAGGGCCGCGCGUUCUUUGCUCGGGUGUCCCGCCUGCCCCUCGAUCCGGGUCCUCUGAGGUUUUUCAGUUGUGGAACAAAAACACUGCAUCAAAGCAUCGAUGCUCCACAGUCUAAAUUCUUCCUGCCCAUUUUAAAGCCUAUGCUACCACCUAAUACUUUUCAAGGAAAAGUGGCUUUCAUCACUGGAGGAGGUACUGGCCUUGGCAAGGCAAUGACGACUUUCCUGUCCAGCUUGGGUGCCCAGUGUGUGAUAGCCAGCAGGAAUAUUGAUGUUUUGAAAGCUACUGCGGAAGAGAUUUCUUCUAAAACUGGAAAUAAGGUUCAUGCAAUUCGGUGUGAUGUACGGGAUCCUGAUAUGGUGCAUAACACCGUGCAGGAGCUGAUCAAGGUUGCAGGGCAUCCUGAUGUGGUGAUAAACAACGCAGCAGGGAAUUUCAUUUCUCCCAGUGAAAGACUGUCUCCUAAUGCUUGGAAGACCAUUACUGACAUAGUUCUCAAUGGCACAGCCUAUGUGACUCUGGAAGUUGGAAAGCAGCUAAUUAAAGCACAGAAAGGAGCUGCAUUUCUUGCUAUCACUACCAUCUAUGCUGAGAGUGGAUCAGGCUUCGUAAUGCCAAGUUCUUCAGCCAAAUCAGGCGUGGAAGCCAUGAAUAAAUCUCUUGCAGCUGAAUGGGGUAGAUAUGGAAUGCGAUUCAAUAUAAUUCAACCGGGGCCUAUAAAAACCAAAGGUGCCUUUAGCCGUUUGGACCCAACGGGAAGAUUUGAGAAAGAAAUGAUUGAAAGAAUUCCCUGUGGUCGGCUGGGGACUGUGGAGGAACUUGCAAAUCUCGCCACUUUCCUUUGCAGCGAUUAUGCCUCUUGGAUUAAUGGGGCGGUCAUCAGAUUUGAUGGUGGAGAGGAAGUAUUUCUGUCAGGUGAAUUCAACUCUCUAAAGAAGAUCACCAAGGAGGAGUGGGACAUGUUGGAAGGACUCAUCAGGAAGACAAAAGGCUCCUAAGACGGUUUCGUCUUCAUCGGGGACAAGAGGGACUAGAGACGACGCCGAUGGACGUGCUCUUCUGCUCGUUUUUCAGGGUUAAUGAAUGUUUGCUUUGAUGAUGUCUGUAUUCCCAGGGAUCAAACCCAAGGUGUCUGGUAUGCUAAGGUGCUACCUCUGAGCUGCACCUCAGCCCUAAUAAAUGAUUAGAUAGUCAUCGAGUGCAUA